AUGGAAAAGGAGAUGAAUAAACUUUUAGAUGAUGAUGAACUAAAAUCGAUAUCUAAUAGAUUGGAUUUGGAGCACGAGAACGAUCAUAUGAGUACGGAGGCAUUUGAAUAUAUGACUUUAUUUGAUAAUAUAAUGGAAGAUGGUCCUAGUGACGUAGUUGAAAGAAAUUUUAUCGAAACUCGAGAUGUAACCAUUUCCGAGAUGAGGAAAGUGGUCUAUAGCUUGGACGGAUUACCGAUUCGAUUCAAUUAUCUAUCUCAAACCCUUCCCAUGUCAACAAAUCGACACGACAUAUCGUUGCACACUGAUAUUCAUAUAAUCAGAAACAUUUCGAGUCAUUUAAAUGCAACUGUAACGAUGGAUCAGAUUCCCAAGGGUGCAACCGAAGGUUUAUGGACUCCACAUGUAUUAGCAUAUAUUUUUCUCACAACGUUUAGUUAUAUUACUUCAGUAAAAUAUUUGUCAUGGGAAUACGUAAUUUCUACGAAAACGAACCCUCGUGAGGCGGAUGGAGUUGUGGAGUUAUUUGAAAAGCCAAAUCAAAUUCCCUUGUUCAUACUUGAAGUCUCUAAUAAAUCAAGCGAUCCUGGUAGAUUUAAAGAGGAAAGACGAACGCUGAUGAAAGAGGGUAUAUUUGCGCUAAAUAAAUUUAUUGCUAGAGCUGAAUUUCCAACAUGGAAAGUUUGUAAAACGCUGGGGGUUUUCCUUUCUCGUGGAUUUGGUGAGUUAUUUCAGACGUCUAGAUAUGAUACAUUUCUUUACUUUUUGUCAUUGACGUAUUAUUAUUAUUACAGAGGAUAA